AUGCGAAUGAUCUCUGAGGACGAUUGUCUGAGUCCAACUUCAACAGCUCCAGAACCAAAGGCCUUGAGAGCAAUCCAUUUGCAGCCAGUGUUGAGACGUUUACUUCCUGGAUGGAACAAUUUGAACCCACAGGUCUAUGCAUUGACCACUCGACGUGCAAGGUUUGUGGAUACUACACCUUGCCCUGCAGGUGAGAUGAUGUGGUUCAGGACAACGCUGGUGUUUCGGGAUGCCCAAGGAUGGGAGCUAUUGGAGUUUGGAGAGCCCAUUUCAGAGUUGGAAGACUUGGAGGGCAAGAUAUAUGCCCCAGAAUCUGUGAUAGAAGUUCUCACGAUAGCACAUGCGCACAACGUUGCUUCAGAACAGCUUGGUUUUACUCUGCUGGAUGGAGAACAGGCACCCUACUUUGACGCAAAUGUCUUGGUUGGGCAAGCUGGUGAUGAUGAGCCAGGUGACCAACAAGAAGGUCCACAGCCUGUGCAGGAAACCCCAGCUGAAUUGCCUGAUGCAGAGCCGUUGGAUGAAGAGCGCAUUGACUGUAUGCGUCGCAUGUUGGAGUUUGUGAAGACUCGUGAGCUCAUGGAAGCCCAAGCAGUGGAGGCAACUCUCAAAAAGGAUUCAGAACGUGUUGCGAUCCCUCAGAAGAAACCUGUCGAGCCCACGGAGUCCAUGAAGCAGGCCCACAACUUGGUGCAUGAUGGUGAGCAAGAACCCAUUUUCACUGAUGAGGGCAUGGAAGAGGCCGUAGCAGCAGCAAAGCGUGCUUCAAGGGCCCAGUCUAUGAAUGUGGACGUGCCUCAGACCCCCGUCUAUGCUGAGGACAACUUGCCUCACGAUGCCAAAAGCUUGAGCACACGCUUUGUACGCACCUUGAGAGAGAAGAAAGACAAGCAAGGCAAUGCUAUCUGGUUGCGUCGUAGUCGUUUGGUUGCAAGGGAGUACACAUGGUUGCAGCCUGACAGAGACGCUCUUUUCUCACCGGCUACUUCGAACAUUGCCAGCCGUAUUUUGCCUCUUUGCUUUUUGGCCCUUCGAGAGCACCAAGACACGAUGAUGUUGGCCAUUGAUGUCAAAGACGCUUUCUUGACAGUCAAGCGAGAACAGCCAACUCGUGUACGUUGCACAGAUGCCUCUGGGAGAAGUGUCUCAUACAGUUUGUGCCGUGUCCUUCCAGGUCGGCGUGAUGGCAGUCUUUUGUGGCAUCGAGACUUGGUCAAGUUUGCUGGUGAAAGCAGCCUUGGGAUGGUAGAGUUUGAGGCCUAUCCAUCCAUCCUACGUUCCAAACUUGGUGACUGCUUGUUGAUGAUUCACGUGGAUGAAAUUUUUGUUCGUUGGGUCACGCAAAGCAGUCACAGAAGAGCUGAUCCCACAUAUGCAGUCAAGGUAUGA